AUGACAACAAUAAUAACAACAACACAAAAAAAACCAUGUUUUAAAUGUGAUAAAGGUGGUGGUGUAUUUACAUGUGAUGGUUGUCAACAAUCAUUUUGUCGAAAACAUUCUGAUGAACAUCGACAAGAACUUGCUGUACAGAUGGAUACUAUUGGUCAAGAAUGUGAUGCUCUUCAACGAGAUAUUAAUAAAAAUACUGAUAUAAAUUCAUUUUUAUCUCAUAUAGACGAAUGGGAACAAGAAUCAAUUGAUAGAAUCCAACAAGCAGCACAUCAAGCUCGAGUUGAUUUGAAUGAAUUAUUUAAGAAGUCAAGAGAAAAAAUGACAACAAUAGUUGCUCAACUAACUAAUGAACUUCAAUUUAGUAGAACAUCAGAAGAUUAUACAGAACUUGAUUUUAAGAAAUGGGCCGUUCAGCUUAAUGAACUUCGUUACGAUCUAGAACAAUCAAUAAGUACAUGUCCUUUUGAUAAUGAUGAUCAAAAUUCAAUUAUUCACUUGAUUAAAGUGAAGAUUCCUCGGGAAUUAUGUCCUUGGACAGAACCGAUUCGAACAUUUAAUCAAAAUCCAAUAUUAAUCAAUCAUGAAAAAUUUAAUAAAAAAGAUCAACAGAUUGCAUUAUCAGAAAAUGAUCUUACUGCUACAUAUUUCGGAGAUGAUCUACACAGAUCUGUUAAUGUUUUUGGUUUUCAUCAAUAUUUAAACGGCACCCAUCAUAUUCGCUUUCAAAUUAAGAAAAAAGCUAAUGAAACAUUUUUUAUUGGUAUUGUUACAUAUUCUCAAAUGGAUCCUUCGUCGGUUUUUUUUACUACUGCUAUUAAUGGUUGGUGGCUUGAUAGUUAUUGGAUAUCAAAUGGUCGGAGUCGAGGAAAACAAUGUAUGAGUGAUAUUUUAGAAGGUGAUGAAAUAAUAUUAACAUUAGAUUGUAAUCAACGACGAAUUUAUCUUGCUCAUCCUCGAACAAAAACUCUAUUACAAAUACGAAUUGAUGAUAAAAAAUGUCCACUUCCAUGGAAAAUAGUUGUUGGAUUAGGUGGUAUUGGUAAUUGUAUACGUAUAAUCAACUAG